AUGGCGGAGAUUCGCGCCUGGUUGGUCGAGGAAGUGUUGUUGUUGUGUAAGAGCCGGGCGGGGAAGGACGCGCUCAGGGAUGGCGGGGCCGUCGACGUUCUGGAGGGAUGGAAGGGGGAAGAGCAUGCACGCCGUAGUGAGCAUUCUGGAUCGGCGGGAGACACUGGUAAUCUCGAGGCAAAUACCGCAUCGAUGCACUUUUUUGUGGGAAGCCGUUUCGGUCGACCAAUAGAACGUGCACAACUGGAUUGUCAAGGGUAAUCAAACAGAGACCAUCCGAACCAAAUUCUUGAUAUUUGGUUCCGAUUUUUAGAUCGACACCAAAAAUUUGAUGAUUUGGUUGCACCGGUGGGGAUUUCAAUCGACAUCAAAUCAUCAAAUUUUGGUUGUUGGGGUAUUAAAUUCUACCGGUGGGGAUGCUCUCA